UUUCUGAAGUCCAGGAUCUUGGAAUCCUCCGCAGGCUGGGUCUCUUCCGGUGUGGACGCUGGCUCGGCCCCGCUGCAUCCGUUUGCCCCGCGUCUGUCGGGUACCGGGCCAUCCACGGGAGGACGCGGACACCGCGGACGCCGGUCCACCAUGGAACCGUUGACCUUCAAGGAUGUGGCCAUUGAUUUUUCUGGAGAGGAAUGGGAAUGCCUGAAUUUUGAACAGCAGACUUUGUAUAAGGAUGUGAUGUUAGAGAACUAUAGGAACCUGGUCUUCUUGGGUCUUGCCGUGUCUAAGCCAUACCUGGUUACCUGUCUGGAGCAAAGGAAAGAGCCCUGGAAUGUAAAGAGGCAGAAGACAGUGCUCUUGUUCCCAGCUCUGUUUCCUCAUUAUAACCAAGACUUUUCACCAGAGGAGAACCUAAAAUACUCAUUCCAGGAACUGAUCAAUGGAAGUCAUAGGAAUUGUGGCCUUGACAAUUUGUACUUCAGAGAAGAAAGGGAAAGUAUAGAGGGGCGUGAAGUUCAGAAGACCUUUUAUAAUGGACAUAACCUGUUUGUUACAGCUGAGACUAGGAGAAGCUUUCCUCCCAGUAGAGAGCGGGAACAUGAAAUGGCUCAAGAGAGCCCUCAGGCUAUGCCCGUUAUCUGUGAAGAGCCAUGUGCUUCUGUCAGUAAACAUCAGAGUCAGUUUGUGAAAUGUGCCUCUUCAUUCAAAGAUAAUUUGGGAAAUACACAAAGGGGUCUAGUCCAUUCUUCAGUUAAUGACUUGAACAGUUUCAAAUGUAGCUAUGGGUUAAACUUUCAUUCAAACAUUUUUGUAGAUGAGGAACUUAAAAAUGAAGAAAAAAUUUCUAAAUGUGAUCAGUUUGAGAACUCCAUUAUGAAAAAUUCAUUAGUAUAUAAUGAACAAAUAGGUCUUUCAUGUGCCAAAACACAGAAUUUCCAUAAAUAUGGCAGGUUCUUUACACAUCCAGUAUCACCUAGUCAAAAUUCAAAUACAGAUAUUUUAGAAAUCCAAUAUAUAUGUAAAGAAAAUAGGAAGGCCUUUACUGAGGAGUCUGCCUUAAGCAAUCACCAGGGCACCUACAUUGGAGAGACAGUCUAUCAAUGUAAUGAAAAUGAUAGCAGCUUAACCCAGGAGUCAAAUCCUGCUAAUCAUCAGCCUGCUCCUUUCCCAAAGAACUUUUACAAAUGUUUCAAAUGUGACACAGUGUUUCAUCAAUACUCAGAACUUAUUAUCCACCAGUAUAUCCAUAUUCAAGAUCACAUUUCUAAGGGGAUGGAUUGUAACACAGCUUUCAGUAAAAGUUCCAGCCUUACUAGAAGUAAUACUGGAGAAAAACCCUACAAAUGUAAGGAAUGUGGCAAAGCUUUUACCUAUUGUUCAAGCCUUAGACAACAUCAUAGAAUUCAUUCUGGAGUCAAACAUUACAAAUGUAAAGAAUGUGGCAAAGCCUUUUACCAUAAGUCCCUCCUUACUCAACACCAGAGCAUUCAUGCUGGAAAGAAGCCCUACUGCUGUAAAUUUUGUGGCAAAGCUUUUAAUCAAAGAUCCACUGUUACUCAGCACCAGAGGAUUCAUACUGGAGAGAGGCCCUACCAUUGUAAAGACUGUGGCAAAUCUUUUCAUCAGAGAUCAAGCCUUAGCCUGCACCAGAGAGUUCAUACUGGAGAGAAGCCCUACAAAUGCAAAGAAUGUGGUAAAGCCUUCAACCGUAAUUCACUCCUGACUCAGCACCAGAGGAUCCACACUGGUGAAAAGCCCUUCCAUUGUAAAGACUGUGGGAAAGCUUUUAAUAAAAAAUCAAGCCUUACCCAACACCAGAGAAUUCAUACUGGAGAGAAACCCUAUUCUUGUAAAGAGUGUGGCAAAGCUUUUAAUCAAAGAUCAAGCCUCAGUUUACACCAGAGAGGUCACUCUGGAGAGAAACCCAAUAAAUGUAACGAAUGUGGCAAAGCCUUUAAUCGUGUUUUUUUCCUUACUCAACACCAGAAAAUUCAUACUGGAGAGAAGGCUUACCACUGUAAAGAUUGUGGCAAAGCUUUUAAACAGAGAUCAAGCCUUACUCAACACCAGAGAGUCCACACUGGAGAUAAGCCCUAUCAUUGUAAGCACUGUGGCAAGGCUUUUACUCAGAGAUCAAGCUUUACUCGACACCAGAGAAUCCACACUGGAGAAAAGCCCUACAAGUGUCAAGACUGUGACAAAGCCUUCAGCCGCAAUUUACUUCUAAUUCAGCACCAGAGAAUCCACACAGGAGAGAAACCUUACCAUUGUCAAGAUUGUGGCAGAGCGUUUAAUCAGAGAUCAAGCCUCACUCAACACCAGAGAGUUCACACUGGGGACAAGCCCUUUUGUUGUAAAGACUGUGGCAAGGCUUUUACUCAGAGGUCAAGCUUUAACCGCCACCAGCGAAUCCACACCGGCGAGAAGCUGUACAAAUGCAAAGGCUGUGACAGCACGUUCAGCUGCUCUUCCCGCCUCGCCGACCACCAGUGCCCUUCCUUAGGCAGCUGCUUCCAAGACCCCAAAUUCCUCCAGUAUAUGUGAGUUCAUUGUUCUGUUAAAGCCAGUUAGCCAACACAGGUGGAUCUACAUUAAAACAUGUAAUACGUUUGAUUAUAUAAAAGAUACUUCUUUCUGUUGCAAUACCUUACCGGAUUCCCAGAAUCACAUUCUGGUUUAAUUGAGUAGUAGUUUUCUUUGUUGUCGUGUUGUCAACUGGUUCUUUGUUAAUAAUUGCAUUCUCAAAUGUAUUUCCCAAACACUUUCCAGAAUGUAUACAUAAACAUAUACAUUCCAAUGUAUACAUAAAACUGUACACCAGGCUUCACACAAGAGUAGUUUUUUGCCAGGUACCAUUCGGAGUCUCCCUGUGACUUACAGUCCCAUCUCUAAAUUGCAUAGAGCUUGGCUGUCCCCUCCAGUUGUGUUUACCACCUUUUCUACAGCACAAUUAAGAUGAUAUUUUCCAUGAGGAUAACUGCAAGAAGCAGCUUUAACCCCGCAUGUCUAUUUUUUUUUCCUUCAGUCAUGAAACUGAGCAACCAUAGGGCCCAGAUAGCAGAAAGAAAGAAAAAAAAAACUUUUCCAGUAUAGAAUUGGUCUGAGGAUCUUGACUUCUGAGUUUACUGCUAAAAAGACUGCAAAUAUAUAGCUGAUGCAUGCUGAAUGCACACUUUUAUAAAAUUAAAUUACAUUGGGGGGGCUGUUGUGUACCUCAGCAUGCGAGAGUCAGUGGGUAAUUGACAGUAAGUUCUCUGUCAUUUUGUUUUUGGAAAUGGAACUCAGCUUAUCAGGCUUGGCUGCAAGCUCCUUUAUCUGAGUCAUCUCUUCUGUGAUUGGAUUUUAGGGUCUAGGAUUUUUCUGGCUUGACUAGAACAGUCUCUAUGGCAGAGAACCUUGCUGUUUUCCACCUUGUUGUAAUUAGAAAGUCAGGCAGACCACCUACAGUUUCAGAACAGUGCAGAUAAUCUCCCUGUGAUUUAAACAUGACCAUAUUUAAAAAUGAGAAUGUACAGAAAAUGUAGGGAAACAUUUUUAUGUUGAGAUUUCAAAACAGACUCCAUUAAGCUGAAGGCCUUUAGAGUUCUCCAGAUCAUGUCUGGCUGCAUGUUAGUGUCCUGGUGAUGAGUGCAGAAUCUGUAAGAGCAAAGAAAUAGUGACAGCAUACUUAAUUAGAUACGUUAUCAGAAGGGAGAAGAGCUGAGAAUAGGGAAAGAUAGGUCAGCAUCUAACCCAGAGCCGAGAAACAGCUAAUUGAAAACUACACAUUGGAAGUGUUGUUUUCCUCAACUGAUGGAGGACCAGGUCUAUUACACCGUCGAAGGUUUUUACUGGGGCUGUUUCAUUUUCUAUGUUGGUCUAGAGUCAACCUGGGUCUCACCUGUCGGGAUCAUCAUUUGUGAAUUAGUCCAAGAUCACUGAGAACCGUUUCAAUGCACCUAGGACCUGCCAAAUAUUUAGGGGUCCAGAUUGCACUUUUGGUUCAGGCUAACAAUAUGUCAGAAAGAGGAAUGAAUGAUUCAGAAUUCUUUCACAGAAGAAUGUUUGGCUCUAUAGAGGAAUCAUUCCAGUACUCAAAUGAGGAAACCUGUGGCCACCUACAGGCAAAAUAUACUCAACAAAUAAAUUUUUUCACAUCGCUGUCCUUUCUAAGACAACAACAAAAACAAACACACAAAGCUGUCAUGGCUGGAAACUUCUAGAAAACUUCAGUAUAAAACAAGUGGACAAAUAAUCGAAUUUUGUAUGAGGUGUUAAGUACAGAGAAGGGAAGGAGUGAUUGACACAUUUGAAUUUGGAAACGAUUUCUUUAUUGUAUUCUAUGUUCUGAUGCACUUCCACAAGGGCAUUUUUUAGAAAAGUUGUUACUCUAUUUGUUGCUUUUACUUUAUUGGAAGAUUUGGACUCUAGUAGAAUUAUCUUAGAGAAAUUUAAAGAGUUAUGUUAAUUGGCUGUUUUAUGUUAGUAAGUGGGAAAGUAAUUGUGGUUUUCUUUCUGUUGCUGUGAUAGAUACCACAACCAAGAGCAGCUUGGGGAGGAAAUGGUUUGUGUUAGCUUCCUUUUCCAGGUAGCAGUCUAUCAUAGGGAAGUCAGUAUAGGAGCUAAGGCGGGAGCAGGGAAUGGAACGUGGAAGAGAGGUGCUCACUGGCUUGCUCCCCCUGGCUCCUGCUCAGCCAGCUUCCCUAAACAUCCCAGGACUACCUGCCCUUGGGUGGCACUGUCCACAGUAAACUGGGUCUCCCCACAUCAGUCAACAAUCAAAACCAUUACAGACAAGGUUAGGCCAUUCUGAUCUGGGCACGUCCUCAGUCCCUCAGUUGAGGCUCCCACUUUCCACAUGACUCUUGGUGUGUCAAUUUGACAAUAAAAACAAACAAGGACAGAGUGUAAGGUUGUGGUUAGGGAGAAUAAAAAAGAAGCUGCUGUAGUGAUACAGCAGCCAGAAGCCUGCAUCCUGUUUCUGGUUCCACAGAUGCUCAGAAGAUACUCUGAGGCCCUGCUCAAGUCCAGGCCAACCAGCAGUCUCCCUUCAGAAGAGACAGUAGGUCAGCACAUUUGGUGAAUAUGCCAGCCUCAAAUUUUUCCCAGACCUAAAAGAAGAUAAGUCUGUUUGAUGGGAUGGCAUCUUGAUUUCUCAUUAAACCUGUAUCCAGAAAUGUUCUCCCAGAACUCUUGUUUUUUGAUUUCUGAAGAUCUAGUAGCUCCUCCAAAUACAAAAUAACAAGUACAAACUCAGUAAGAUUUUCUCUAAACUACUCUAGGAAUUAAGGUAUUUCGUUCUUAAUUCUCUGCAUUAAAAUAAAUGAGUGAUAUGGAAACAAACCAGUUGGUUCUGACAUCUGUAUGUUUCAUCAUUAAUGAUGAAACAGUACCCAAAUUCAAGGUCUUAUGUCAACUAAUGCAAGUAAUAUUGUCUCCAGCUCAUAAUUUCACAAUAUUCUGUGAGCACAUAACACCUGCUUAAAUAGACAUUUUGUAACUGUCUACAUCUUGUGUGCCAAGUGGUAACUUACGGACAUGUGCCUACGGCAAAUUUUAAGGAAGCCAAGAAUAAUUUAAGAUUUGUAAUAUUCACAAAGAACUAAGAACAUGUGUUUUGAGAACAGAUAAGUUGCAGGAGUCUUGUGCUGUGCUUUCUUGCUAGUGUAGUGGAUGUAAACAACAAGGACCUUGCUUAGGAUGCCAGUUCCUGAGUGCCCCCCUCUAGUUCCCUCAAACUCACAGAAUCACAAUUCCUUAGAUUGGAGUCCUAUGAUAUCACAUGAUUGUCUUCCUUCAAAUGCAAGGUCACUUAGCAUAAGCCUACAAGAUAGUCUGUAUGUUUGUUUUUGUGCCACUGCCAUGCUAUUCUUUUUAAUUUUUUUUUUUUUGCAAAUUUCAUAAAUAUGUUUUGAUCACGUUCUUACUCCCACAUCUUCCCAACCCCACUUAAUUGCCUUAAGGAGUGUAUAGUAUAGUUGGAAGUCGGAUACGCUAUUUCCAGCAUCACCUUUCCUACUCAAGAUUGUGUGAGCUAUUUGGGGGCAUUUUUUGUUUUCAUAAAAGUUUUAGCAUUAAAAAUAUUUCUAUAAAGACUGUCAUAAGAAUUUUGACUAAAAUUGCAUUGAAUCCGCAUAUCACUUUUGGUCUAGGUAUUUAGCCCAACAGUGAGCAUGGGAGGUCUUCCUGUCUCUAGUUAGUGUCUUGUGCACUUUUGUUGUAGAGGUGUUUAACAUGUUUGGUUAAGUUUCUAACACGUAGGUGUUUUGUGUUUGUGUAUAUACCCAUGUGAGCAUGUGGAGGCCAGAUGUAAGCCUCAGGUGUUAGUCCUCAGACACUGCCCACCUUGUCCACUGGUGUGGAAUUCUGCAAGUUGGACUGGGCUGGUUGUUGGGAUAUGUUUCUGAAGAUAUCAUGGAUGGAGUUUUCCUGAUUUCUAGUUCAUGAAGUUUGCUGGUGUGUCGAGAAACUGAUUUUUGUGUGUUGGAUUUACAUCUUGCUUCUUUGCCGAAAUUAUCAGAAGAAGCUUCUGGGUCUUUUGGAUGUCUUACAUAUAUUGUCUGUAAAUCAGUUAAUUUCCUUUUGUCAUAUCCCUGUCAUUUCCCUUGCUGUUGUGGCUAGGAUUUCAAAAGUUAUUUGAUCAGGAGUGGUUAGAGUGGGCAUGUAGCUCCUUCCUGAUUGUAAAGGAGGUGCUUUCAGUUUUCCCAUUCAGUGUAGUGUUGGCAAUACAGUUGUCUCGUGUUGAAAUAAGAGCCGUCUUUUACUAGUCUCUCAGGACUUCUGUCAUUCAGGAGUGUUGAGUUGUGUCAUUUUCAAUAUCUAUUGAAAUGUCAUGGGAGCUUUGUCCACAUUUCUGUGUGCGAUCAGGGUCUGUUGAUUUGUGUAUACUGAACCAUGUUUCAUUCCUACUGGGAAACCAAGUUGAUGGCAUAUGAUCUUUUUGCUGUGUUCUUGUAUUGAGUUUGCAAGCAUUUUAUUGGGGAUAUUUGCAUCUAGGGUUGUCAUGAAGGAAAUUGGUUUGUAAUCCCUUUUCCCCUCCCUCCCUAUCCAGUGUUUUCUUAGCAGGGGAAUGAGUUUGGAAGUACUCUCAUUUUUACUUUUAUAGAAUAUUUUGAGGAACAUUGAUGUCCAAGUUCUUCAAAUGUCUGGUGGAAUGCAGCGGUGAAGCCAUUUCAGUCCUUGGUUUUCUUUGUUGGGCAGCUAUUACUACUUCCAUCACAUUGUCCAUGAUAGAUUUCUUUAGUUUCUUAUACCCUCAUAAUUAAUGUGUGUCCAGAAGAACAUUCCAUAUUUUUCAAUCUAUUGAAAUAUAUUUGUUAAUUGUCUGUAUAUUUCAUAUCAUGAAGUAUCAUAGAAAGUUGGAUUUCAGUAGUAACAAUUUUAUUUGAUUUCUUAAUUGUAUUCGUUUCCAGUUUUCUCUCUUUUACUUAGGUUACUUAGGCUGCUUUUCCACUGUAUCUUUUCCAGCGAGUAGCCUUCCUUUCCUUUAUCCUUCAUGAUUUUCUCUUCACAUUUUGUUAAUUUGUGAUUGGAACUUAGCAGUUCUUUCUGUAGAUGUUAGGUUUGGCUUAUUCUUGUUUUCUGCAACCUUGAGAUAGCAUCAUUAGGUUAUUUUCUUGAUGUCUCUUUAAAGUUGAUACACAGGACUAUAUAAGUUUCUUUCUUAGAACUGAUUUUACUGUAGCCCACAGACUCAUAUAAGUGUUUUUUUUAAAUUUUCAUUUGAUUCUAUGAAGUUUUUAAUCUUCCAAUUUCUUUAGUGAACCACUUAUCAUUCAACAGCAUAGUGUUUAAGUUUCAUAUAGUAGUUUAUUUUCUCUUGAUGUUGAUUUCUGGUUUUAUCCCAUUUGAUCUGAUGGAGUACAAAAACUUACUCAAUAUUUUUUAUUUGUUAAGAUUUGCUUUGGGGUCUGAUAUAAACUUAUUUGGAGAAAGUUUCAUGGGCUGCUGAGUUAAAUGUGUAUUCUGAAAAAAAUGUGUAUUCUGGAACUACUGGAAUAUUCUUUGUCUGUGUAAGUGUGUCUGUGUCUAGGCUGUUUGGUCUUUGGUACAGUUUAAAGCUUACUGAUCCUUUGUCUAGGUGCUCUAUGUAUUGAUGAGAGUGUGGUGUUGAAAUCACUUACUAUUGUAUCUGGACUUCUCUGUUCUUUAUGUCUAGUCGUGUUUGUUUUAUGAAAUUGUCCUGCCAGUAUUCACUGUGUGUAUGUGUUUGUACACAUUGUUUUAUCUUCUUGAUGAAACUGUUCCCUUUAGUCGUGUUUAGUCAUUUUUAGUUGCAACUGAUUUUGCCCUGAAAUCUAUUUGGGUAUUAGGAUAGUUAUUCUGUGUAGCUUCUUUUCUGGGUCCAUUUUUAUGGAAUAUCAUUUUCCAUCCUUUCAGGCUGUGUGACUGUGCCAGUGAUGUUUAUUUCAUACAGGUAACAAAAAUUGAAUCCUUUUUAAUUGAAGGAGCCAGUCUCUGUUUUAAUUAGAGAGCCAACACUAUUUAUAUUUAGGUUUGUUAUUGAAAAAUAAAUACUAAUUUCUAUUUUUUUUUCUGGUUGUCUGGAAUACUCCAUUAUUUUCUUCCAAAUUAAUCAUAGAGUAUUGCUGCUUUAUUGUUAUACUGUUUCUAUCUUAUUUAUCAUUUGAUUAUUUGUUUAGUAAGAUUUAUCCCUUCAUAAGGCCUUAGUAUUGGGUAUAUUGUUUUGUUAGUGUAGGAUUCUUUUAUAUAUUUGCAAUACUGGCUUAAUGGUGUAGAAUUAUUUUGGUUUACAGUUAUUUUGGAAGGUUUUAUUUCUCCACCGAUUUUAAAGUAUACUUUUACUGUAAGCAUUACUAUUGGUUGGUAGCUAUUUUCUUUCAGGGUUUAAAAUACAUCAUUCUCUGUUAUCUUGGCUUUAAGAGUUUUUGCUGAGAAUUCUACUGUUUUCCUGACCAGUUUUCCUUUGUAAGAUGCUUUGUUCUCGGAGCUUUCAGUAUUCUGCUUGGUACUCCUGGAAUCUCACUAGAAUUUUACAUCGAGAAGUGGAUAUCCAUAUAUUUCCUUAGAUUUGAGGUAUUUUCAGCUAUGAAAUAGGUUUUCUGUGUCUUAGGCUGUAUUUCAGCUCCCUCUUCUAUAACAAAAGAUUCAUACAUUUCA